AUGAUUAAUGAACGCGGUUUCAAAGGUACGGAAUAUCCUACGACCUAUUGCCAGAUGUGGUUUAAGGAACAAACAAAACCGCUCAUAGUGCGAGUACACGAGCACAAGGUAGUUUGGAAAUGGGGUGCUGGGUCCCCAGGCUACUAUUUUCCGACACUGAUGUCGUGCGCAGUCCCCAAAGGCAAGGUACCCGAUAUGAUCUCACUGGUUUCCGGUCCCUGCGACAAGGCAACAAACCUACUUAAGGUAGUGUAUGAGCCCCAGCAACUGGAAGAUGCCCCAAAUGUUUCUUCAGAAGAUCGUUCGCUCCGCUUUGCCAUCUGCGUCAAAGCCCUGGACUUUUUAUACGACGACAUGUCCUGGCGUCUCAUUGAGUGGCUGGAGUUGAUGCGUCUGCUGGGCACCAGCAAGGUCAUAUUUUACAGUUCGCCCAUGCAUGCGAAUAUAUCGCGGGUGCUUCAACAUUAUAUGGAGGAGAGUCCAGACUUUGUGGAGCUCCGCCCACUGUCCUUGGGCCGAGGCGAACCCAAUUUACCUCAUUUUCAUCACUAUAUCAUGGCCUCGAACUACUUCAAUACCAUUCUUAACGAGAUGAUACCCUACAAUGACUGCUUCUAUCGCAACAUGUAUCGCUUUGACUAUAUAGGUGUCUUCGACAUUGACGAGGUCAUCAUGCCACUCGGCAAUGUGACGAACUGGACGGAUCUCGUAACACUAGCACGCACCGUGCCCGACUACUUGGGCUACACGAGUGAAAGCUGCCAGGACUGGGUUAGCUUCUGCUUUCGCAACGUCUACUAUCCGCGCUAUGCGGAUCAACCGAAAUACUUCAGACAGCUGCCCUCCUUCUUCUAUAUGCUGCAACAUGUGAAGCGCACAGCUCUGCACUGCAAUCGUUUUGAUGCGGCCAAGUGUCUGCACUCGACCCGCUACGCCGUCGGACUCCACAAUCACUUUGCCAUACACUGGACGAACGAGGCGAGCUGUGCGGCCAAGUCUGUGCCCAUUGAGUACGCCCAGAUGCAACACUACAGGGAGCCAGACAACAAAACCUGGCUGCUGGACCCCGUGGUGGACGAUAAUAUCUGGCGUUUCCAGCCGCAGCUACAGGAUCGCACCUUGGCCAAGUACAAGAAGCUGGGCUUUCUGCCGAGUCUCUCAGAACUGACAGCCUUGAAGGAGCAGCAGCGCAAAGCCGAUGAAAUGCUUCUACAAAAGUUGGUCGGUGUACAACAAUCUAAUAUAGCAGCUUAA